AUCUGUUUUUAGUCUUUCUGAUAGGAACCCUAACUUUGUUUCCGAUUCUUUUUGCUCUUUUCAUACCAAAAUUUGCGAUCUUCAGAAUGCUGGUCUUGUAGUCGAUGAUGGGAAACGUUUGUAUCCGGAAGAAAGCUGAACGAUUUCGUUAAUGAAUUUCUAUGCAAGCCCUAAAGGCAUUUCUCGAAUUGUGUAAUCAAAGAUACAUACAUUGCAAGCAGAAAUGGGUGCUUUUUGCUGCUGCUCAUGUGGUGACGACUAUGAAGAAUAUGCUCAUCCUAGCAAUUCAAUAUAUAGGCACUGCAUCUGCCUAAGAUUCUUCUUCUAUCAGCUAUUCACUGGGUAUGGUGCACUGUUUCAUAGAUUGGAUGGGCGACCUGUAUCAUCACAGAUUCAAGGAGCUUCUCUGUCAUCAACAGCGAUUGUUUCUGCAAUCUCAGAUGAUUCAGCCAAUGAAACCCAUGUUACAACAUCCAGAUCGAUUCCUUUUGAUGCUGAGCAGAGAUACUCUCGCUUGCAGCGUGAUGGCUUGGUGUCUAGGCGUGAUAAGUAUGCGACUCAUUUUCAAGAAGAAACACAACCACUAAGAAGAAAUACAAGCAGCUCUGGUGUGGAACCGUUGGGUAUCGGGAGGAAAUGGAAUGGAGUCGAGGUAGAAGAAGACUCUAAGGUUUCUCAUCUUGAGUUAUCAGAAAGAACCUUGGCACCAAAAGUUGCACAAGGACCUAACUAUAUGCAGCCUUCAGCUGAAGAUGAGGAUGUCUGCCCUACUUGUCUUGAUGAAUAUACCCCAGAAAAUCCUAAAAUCACUGCUCGCUGCUCACACCAUUUUCAUCUCGGUUGUAUUUAUGAAUGGUUGGAAAGGAGUGAAAGUUGUCCGAUAUGUGGCAAGGAAAUGGAGUUCUGUGAAAGCCCCUAAGUCUGUUAAAUCAGAUUUCAAAUCAAUGAAGCAAAUACAUAGAGUGGCAAGUAUUAUCGUACGUAUAAGCUCACUAGUCUUUAUCGAUGAGGCACAUCGUGUAAAGAAGAGUUUGUUCUUUGUCCGUCACUAGUAUACUACCAGGUAAUUUCUUCCUACUCAUACUUGAAUGAUAAUGGUGUUACUUUCAAUGUAAAAAGCUAAUAUAAUAA